AUCUAUGCUACCAUUAAAUAUAAUGAAUAUAUAAAUAAUUUUGAUAUAUAAUAUGUACCUUAAUCAAACAAUCAUAAAUUCCAAAAUGUAAUUCUGAACGGGUGAAACUUGAGAUCUUUGUCGAAGGUUAUGAAGUUGUUUUCUUAAGCAAAGUAACCUUUGCCAGUGUUGUGUACAAAAUGAUAAGCCGGUUGAAAAUUUUUAUCGGUCAUUUUAAAUUUUCGAUACCAGGCUAAUGUGGAUUUUUAAUUUAAACAAAGAUCCAAUGAAUACGAAAAACAGAAAGAAUGAAUAAAAGUGAAGAAAAUUUCGGUUUAACCAGUUAUGAAGCUCUUGGAAUUCUCCAUGAAGAUAUUCAAAAAUUACUGAGUGAAUAUGCACCAAAAUACUCUUCUAGAUGGGAUUGUCUAAAAGACAUAUUGGAUUAUAGGAAUGAACUCUCAAGAUUUUCUUGGGUUUCAGCUAUCUGCAUCGUCCUUGCAAGUUUCUCAUUAAUUCUCACAUCAUUUUUCACCAAUGUAGCAUUAUAUGGCAAUUUAACCGGACAUGGAAUUUUCAUCUUGGCCAUUGGAAUAUUGAAUGUUCUUCUUGUUUCUUGGGACAAUCAGUUGAGAUGCAGUGAAAUUCCUGAUAAAAUUAAUGAUUUGCUAAUAUUUCUGAAAGAGUGUCAGAAAAAAUGCUAUUGGAGACCUGAGAACUACCCUCACUUAUGUUCACCAUUUUCACCAUGUAUAACAUUGCAAUGGACUUAUCGGGAUAAUAGGCUUGUCAAUCUUCCAUGGGCACUUCUUUGCAAAGGUGAUGUGAUAAUGUUAAGACCUGGUCAAGCUGCUCCUGGAAACUUAAUCCAACAGGAAAAUCAUUCAUCAUUUUUGGCUUAUGGUGAUGUUUACAGUCCUCCACAAAAACAUGAAACUAUAAAUGUUCCUACAGCGCGAAUUCCAUUUAAAAACAAAAGAUUUAUUUUAACUGAGACACCACUAUUGAGAAAUAUUAAAGAUGUGCUUGAUGCUAAUUUACAGAAAAACUGUGUUACUUCUUUUGAUAAACAAAUUCAUAUGUUGAUGACCAAAUGCAUUCAAAAUAUUGCAGUGCCAUUGAUUUUGAUAUCUACGAUACUGUUGGGGCUGUUGAGGACAGUAUACGUCGAUAAUUGGAUUGGCAAUGGCCACUGGACUGUUACGUUUCUACUUACUCCCUCUUGUAUUAUGAUUUCUCUUCUUCCUAUUUGCUUUCCCGCUUGUUGGAUUGCUUUGCAUACUCUUGGAAAUGCUAAACUUUCUGCUUUUCUGCAAUCAAGUUCCACUAUCAAGACUGCUGAUCCAUUUGAAGAUGUUUCGAUCGAUGAGGAGAAAGUUGAGGAUAUUGUUACUGGAGUGAAAUGGAGUCAGCACUUUAUUCAUGCCUUACUUGGUAAACAGCAUUCACUCACAUUGGCGCGAUCUUCCAAUCCUCUUCAUAUACUUGGAUCUGUAACUGCCCUUUGUUGUGUUGACAAAAAAGGCAUUCUUUCUUGGCCGAACCCUACUGCAGAAAAAAUAUUUUUUAUGAAAACUGUUGAUAAAACAAAUCUCACCAGGAAUACAACUAUUGAUGAAAAUGUAAGUGAUGUAUACGAUGCCGAUGAAAUUCUUCCUGCAGAAAGUGAAGAAGUGAAAACAAAUGAAGUACUACCUUCAGAUUUAUGCACUAGAGUGGAAGUACUAGAUCUGACUCAUGACCUAUCUUGUCCAUUCAAACUUCAAUUUGAUGAUACCCGAUGGUCGGAACAUCUGGGUUCUUUAAAACCCAUCGGACUGGCUAUUCUUCUCAACACAUGUAAUAUGGCCACUCAGGAGCACUAUGUUCAGUUCUGCUCACAUGUUACAUGUGAGGCACUUUAUAAUGAAGACCUUGUCCCUGUUACGAACCGGAGAUGUCUUUGUGAACUAGCGAAACAAAUUGGCUUUACUGAAAAUGCCAAAAAUAGUUUUUAUUUAUUGGAGCAACUUUCUACAUUUCGUCAUGUGCAACCAGAGACAGUACGAAAGGAUAUUAAAUUUGCUCGGUCCCUUGCCCUUGCUACAAAACUAAAAUUACCAUUUCCUCAUAUGGUUGCAGUUGUGACAGUCGAAGCUACUAUUCCUAAUUCUCUGCAGAUGUUUUCACAAGCUACAGGUGACAUAGCUUUGGACUCAUGUGUUGACUUUUGGGAUGGAAAUACCCUCAGGACCCUCACUUCUUCAGACAGGAAAAAGAUCCUUGAUUUUUACCAGAGAACUAGUUUAACUGCUUAUUGUACAGCUUUUGCAUAUAGACCCCUUGGCAGACCAGUCAAUUCUGACAUGACAAAAAUUUAUAUGGAAUUGCCAGCUGACAGCCAUCUACUAUAUCUCAAAAAUAGAAGUCCUACUCCUAUUGAAAGAUCUUUACGCCAAACAUCUGUGGAUUGUUUGACAGCUGAAGAGGUGGCUGAAGAAGUUAAUGAUAUUGAAGGUUGCUUUGAAAUGCAAUGCAAUCAAAUAUUUCUCGGAAUGGUCACUAUGCAAUAUCAGGCUCAGAUUGAAAUGGUUCAUUUGAUUGAGCAGCUUGAAAGAGCUUGUAUCAGAUUUGUACAUUUUAGCAAGGAAAAUGAGUUGAGGUCUCGGGUAUUUUCUGAAAAAAUGGGUUUGGAAAGUGGCUGGAAUUGUCAUAUAUCUCUUUUGAGCAGUGAGGAAUCAAAGGAAGAACUUCUUGACGUUGAUCUCAAAGAAGACGAUUGGGAGAGGAGUGAUGCACAUGCUCCACUCCUCAGUGGAAAUCAGUGCAGUUCGUUAGAAGGCUCUCGAGCAAUGAGUGUGUCUGCUCCUUGUGCAAUUAACACAGAAACAUCUGCCAACCCUGAUUAUACAAAAAGUAAGGUUGAUGAGUUCGAAGUUAUUUCACAAGAAGGAUGGCAGUCCCUGAGUUGUUUAACUGAUAGUACAGAACAGAGUGCUCCAAUCAACUUCGAUAUGUCAAAUAGAGCAAAAUUACCUCGUGGAAUAGAACAAAUCAGGCCUCAUUUAGAACAAGUUGAUAAUGUUCCUCUAUUAGUGUCUCUCUUUACCGACUGCAUACCCUCUACAACUCAACAGAUGCUUGAUAUUAUGAAAGAUUACGGUGAAAUAGUAUGCGUUAUGGGCUCAUCUGCCAACGCAGACAAUUCAAGUAUAUUUCUUAGAGCUAAUGUAAGUGUUUCAGUUGAACCUCUUUUUCCUCAAGUAUGUCAAAAAGUACCAGUAUAUUCUAACUCUCCAGAUGCGAUAUCACCAGUACAACUGUCCGGAAGACUUAACUCGCUCCCAUGCUGUGUUUCUAUUACCAGGCAACGCCCUGUCUCACUUUUCCAUUUAAUAAUGCAUGCUCGCCAUUACAUGAUGUGCCUAUGGAAUUGCCUCCAAUUUUGGAUUUGCUGUAUGUUUACUCUUACUAUGGUUCAAAUGAUUACAAUAAUGGUUAUGCUCCCACCUUUGUUUUCUGCGGGACAGACACUUUGGUUGAGUUGUGUAGUUUUGCCACUUUUGUCUAUUUCUUUGGUCAAUUCGCCAACUAACACCCAAGUUAUGCUUCGGCCAGUGCCUAAGAAACAGUCUACUAUAAAUUCUAAGGUGGUUAUUUUUGUUGCCUGGUGUUACGGUACCAAAUUCGUGUUGACAAUUAUGUUGAUACCACUUAUAUACGGAGCAACCUUGGCUUCAUUUUGUCCUCAUGUAGCUGCCCAGUUCAACCAAACUUGCCUAUUGGUGUAUCCUGUACCAGGAGAACCGCUUGGUGGUUGGGAAUCAAACUAUAUCCCUCUAAAAAAAGCUCAGAUGAUUGCAACAUCUCUUAUCGUCUUUCAUUUUGCUGUUAUAUCAGUAAGUUUUAUUCAUCGAGAAUCCUUAAGUUGGAGAAGGAGCCCUUUUAAAAAUAAAACCUGGUGUGUCAUUGUUUUUGGGCUGUUGCUAAUCCAAAGCAUUUCGGCAGUAUUAUCAAUAGUUUUUGAUGAUGGACCAUCUGGUUACGACAUGGAUACUUCAUGGUGCAUUAUCAUAACAGCGGCUCUAUCACCUAUUCUGAUAUUUCUUCUUAAUGAAUUCGUCAAGUGGCAAGAAAUAAAGGCAAAUUUAAGAUACGAAAAGAGAGCAAGACUUGACUUUGGCACUAAGUUAGGAAUGAAUUCACCGUUUUAGUGGAAUUUUUUACAUAUCAAUGAAAUAAGAAGACUGUACAGUUAGUAAUAAUUAGACAAAGCCUAAAAUGGAAGUACAAUUUAUUUGACUGAUAGAAAUAAGCAUUCGAAGAUUAUAUACACUACAUAUUUUACGAGUUAUAUGUGUAAUUAUGCAUAAUAUUUAAAUAAAGAAAUCCUAAUGAACUUGAAUUUACAAAAAAGUGUGAUAAAACAGUUCUUAUUAGUUUUAAAAAAUUGCAUCAUGAAAAAAAUAAAUGUAAUAUAUAUUUAGAAAAGUAUCAUUGUUUUCUAGAAAUAAUGAUACUUUCCUAAAUAAUUAAUGAUAUUAAUUUAAUAGCUUAGUGAAAUAAUUAUUAACCAUAAGAUAAUAUAAGAUUUAAUAAACCAACUUUCAAUUUGUGCAAACUAUUGAUCGAUAAAUUUUUCAUUCGAUAUUAAUUUUAAAGUAUUGUUUCAUUGUUAUAACAAUAUUGUUUUAAUCCGUAGUAGAGAUUAUUGCUAUAUAUAUCAAUAGUACAUGAUAACCUUGUAACUUAUAUUAUUUUUUCGACUUGAAUAAAAACAUCUAAUCCAAUAGUUCUGUGGUUGUAAAUUUGCAUAAAUCCUUAUAAUAAAUUUUACAUAGGUUUCUACCAAUUUUUUAGCCACAUAGUAACUUUUGAGAAAGUUUUCAUUCAAAUGUUUCACAUAAAAUGAGGCCAAGAAGUCAGUUACAAAGUUAUAAUGUGAGGCCAUUGAUAUACUAUUUCCUGUUAGAGUAUAUUUUCAUAAGCUGAAAAUGUCUGGUUUAUAUUUAUUUUUAAGGCAGCUCAUGGUGAUUUACAGAUAUUUUUUAGUGGUGCCUUCAUUAUUAAGCUGGUAAUUACUUUUCUCUUAUGUAUAGCAAACAAAAUAACAAAGCAUUGAUAUAAUUAAUUUUUUUCUAAAUUCUUGUACUUGUUUCUUCAUUAACUAUCAAUUUAUAAGAAGGAAAUAACAGGUGAUUAAUAUAAAUUAUAAUUGAGAUAAAACUAUUGAUGAAAAAACUGUCAAUUAUAAAAUCAUUAUUUGGAUUGUCUUAUACUUCUGAUAAAUUUGGUUUUAAGAGUAAAGUCCACUGAAGUUUUUAUUAUAGUAUUAUAAAAAUUUCGUAGUGUGUAUUUUAUUUUAUGAAUUGCUGAAGUGAAUAUUGGGCUCAUAUUUUUAAAUUAAUAAAUAAAUAUUGAAAAUUAUUUCUUAAAUUUUCAAUUUUUAUUUAUUUUCUAAAUUUAUGACUUUUUAUUCGGCCAAAUUUUUCAGUUUUUACUGUUAAUUCCAAACGUGUCAGAACUGAAUAUUGUAUUUAAAAUAAAUGGGAUUAAGUAAAAAAGAGCAUUUUUGUUGUGUUUUUGUUUUUUAAUAUUUUUAAAUCCCUCAUAUAAAAUAAUGUAUUUUAAUAAAUAGUUAUUUUUUAAUAACUUGAAUAACAUCUUCAUCAUGCAUAAUAUGCUGAAGACCAACACGCUGUGGAGAAUAUUUAGUGCUUGUGCCCUGAAACAAAAAUUUAAUUUAAUAAACCAGAAAAAAUUCAAAAACUGCUUUAAAAUAUGCUAGAAAAAAUUUUAGUGCAUGCCUUAAAAAAUAUAUGUAUAUAUAUUUUAAACCAUAUUAUGAUAAAAGUUUGGCUAUUCAUCAUGAUAGAAGGUAUUCCCUCAUCAGACCAGUAUUAGCAUAUAUAAAUAUAUUGUAUGAAUAUUCAGAACCAACAAAUGCUGCUGAGAUUCAAAAGAUAAAUUUUCAGAAAAAUGAGACAGAUAUUUUUUGAAGAAAGUGAAGCAAUAGGGAAAUUAUGAUAUCGAUAUAUUAAAUUUGGGAUAUUGUGGUGAUAUUGAUAAAUUAAAAUUGAAAUACUUCGUUAGGUCAUCAGACAUGAGAUAUGAAUAAAAUUAGAAGUAUUAUUAGAUCAAAUAUACAAAACAAUAAAAAAAAAAUGGAGAUUAAAAUGGCUAAACUAAGUUGAGAACUGCAGAAAAAUCCUUGGUUUCAACAGCUGGAAAACAAUCACAAAAAGUAUAAUGACUGGCAGUUAAACAAAUUGACCGGUAAUGGUAGUUUUUAGGAUUACGAUAAAAAACAACAUUUAAUUUAGUUAUAUUUAUUAAAUUUUGCAUUUAUCUAUUUUUAUAAGUAGUAAUCAUUAAAAAUCACUACAAAUUUUAUUAUAGUAGCAAAAAUAUAACAGCUAAACUAUGAGAUACGAGUGCGGUCUGAAAAUUUUCUGACCGCAAUGUGAAGAUGGCAGCACUUGUAAAUAAAAGCAAAUGAAUUUCGUUGUUCAUCUGUUGGCAGUUACCUACUAAAGUUUCAGCCAUUUUGGACACGCAGUUUUUAUGUAAUAGUCGUUUGAGUGAGUUGAUGUGUUUUUGUGAAAAUGGACAAAAUCGAGCAUCGAGCUGUCAUUUAAUUUUUUUUUUUUGAAAGGCAAUAAGCCUACCCAAAUCAAAGAUGAGUUGGAUUUUGUGUAUGGGGAGUCUGCACCAUCAUUUACCACAUUGAAAUUUUGGGCAGCUGAAUUAAAAUGUGGCCAUAAGAGCUUGGGAGACGAAUGUUCGGGACGUCCAAAAACUGCAACUACCGAUGAAAACAUCGUCAAAGUUAACCAAAUGAACAUUUCCAAUGCUCUGUUGGCGCAGUUUAGGCGCAAUAAAUCCAAGUUUUGGCGCCGAUUAAUUACUGUAUGUGAAACUUGGAUACACCAUUAUACGCCCGAAACAAAAAUACAGUCCAAACAGUAGACUGCAAAGGGGGAACUGUCUUCAAAGAAGGCAAAACUGUUUUCUCGGCUGGGAAAAUGUAUAACUUAUUUUGAUAUCACUGACCAGUAUAGAAUUUGUUAUAAAACGGAAAAAAAAUUCAUUAUAUGAAUCAUGCAAUAAAUAUUUUUCUCAUAAUCGGUAACUUUAAUAAAAUCUAUUAUAUAGCUUGUUUUGUUACUCAGUAUAGACCUAACUUAAAUAUGAAACACUUGUUUUUAAAUUAUUUUGAAAAAAUAAAACAAUAAAAAGAUAAUAGAUAAUCUUACCCAAACAAGAGCAUAUUUAAAAGUCUCAGCUAAUGAUCGGUGGAUAGCAUGACAUACAUGCUCUACAGUUACACCUUUCCUUAAAAUAAGACCAUCAUCAAAAUCAGGAGGUUGACCCGGUUUCUUCGUGUAAACUCUAAUAAGAGCUAAAUAUUCCCAUAAUCUUUCUAAUAAGUAAUCUAAAUUGAGUUUCAUGUUACAACUGCAAAGAAGAAAUAUUAAAAUAAUACAUGCACAUAAUUUAACUUUCAUAGACCUAAGAAAUCUAAACUACUAAUUAAAAGAUAAGAAAAGAAAAAUUUGGCGCACAAUAGACCCUUGCGGUCGCGGUACAUUAAGAUAACAAAAAAAAAAACAGAAAAGAAAAUAUAGAUCUUAAAAAAAAAUAAUAAAACAAGAUCAUUGAGAAAAGAAAUGGAUUUGUUUGAUGUAUCAAUGACUGAUGCAAGGUAAAUGUCAGAAAAAGGAUAUCAUAACGAAGAUAGAAGUUUUCAAUUUGAAAAAAUUAAGAACGUGGCAUAACUAACCCCACUUAUAUUGAGAAUUUAUUUACUGAUAUCAGUCAUAGCUUACCUGACAACAACACUAUGAGGCUGCCUUGCUAUCCUAUCAACUUCUUCCAUAGAAAUUUGAUCGAUUUUAUUAUAAACAUAAAGGCAGGGAAGGUACACUCUAUUAGCUGAUAUUACAUCAAUCAGUUCAUCCGCAGUACAGUCUUCUCUGAAUAAUACUUCUGCAUUGAAUAUUUUAUAUUCAUGAAGUAUCAUUUGAACGAGCUUUUCAUCAACUCUGGUAAGUGGACAAGUUGAAUUGAAUGCAAUACCUCCACCCUUUUUAACCUAUAAAAUGGAUUCCAUUAGUAAGAAAAAAAAUAUUUUCUCUCAAUCAAGAGAUAUGGUAAACAGAAUUUGUUUCCUUAAUCUAUGUAUGACACAGGGUGAAUGCACCAGUUAUGGACAGGGGGUCCAGUGAUGGAGAGAUUGGAAUUUAAAUGUAAAUAAUAAAUUAGUAACAAAAUAAUCAAGAAAAGGAA